AUGGCUGACCACCAUUCUUCUUUUCGACCAAUAAAAGUGUGCGUUGCAACCAGUAAUCGAGCAGAUUAUUCGAAACUGUCGCCAAUAAUGAUUGGUUUGAGGGAUGAUCCGGAUUUUGAGCUGCAAGUCAUCGUAACAGGCAGUCAUUUGUUGGAUGAUUUUGGAACAACUAUAAAAAAUAUAGAACGCGACAAUAUCAAAAUAAACUGGAAACUCCACACCAUUGUCCGAGGCGAAGACGAAGCAGCCAUGGUUGAAUCAGUCGGACUUUCCUUAUCAAAACUUCCUGAUAUAUUGCUUUAUUUACAACCUGAUUUAUUAGUCGUUCAUGGCGAUCGUUUCGAUGCAUUAGCUCUGGCUACAGCUGCUGCACUUAUGAAUAUCCGUAUUGUGCACGUUGAGGGCGGUGAAGUUAGCGGCACUAUUGAUGACUCUAUUCGCCAUGCUAUAACCAAGUUAUCCCACUAUCACCUAUGUUGUACGGAGAAAGCUCGUGCCAGACUCAUAGCGAUGUGUGAAGAUGUGGACAGAAUUCUGCUGUCAGGUUGUCCCGUCUACGACAAUCUAUUGAAGAUCGACACGUUAAGUACACGCGACAAAGUGAUCAAGAAAUGGCUUGGUGACGAGGCAAAACCCAAGCAAUACAUCAUUUCUCUACAACACCCUGUUACAACGGAAAUAGAACACUCACUAAAGAUGUUCAAUUUCGCCAUGGAUGCAUUACUAGAGUUUGGCAAGAAAACAUUGGUGUUGUAUCCAAACGUAGAUGCCGGUAGCAAAGAUAUGACUAGAAUUAUACGAGAAAAGAAGAUAGAAAUGGGUGAAAAUUUCGUCACUGCCAAACAUAUCCCAUUCGAAGAGUUCAUCGUACUUAUGGCAAACUGUGGCUGUCUGAUUGGCAACAGUAGUUGCGUUGUCCGAGAGACAUGCGCAUUCGGUACUCCUGUUGUAAGUCUUGGUUCCCGUCAAACCGGGAGAGAGAGUGGAGAGAACGUGUUCGCCUGUCCAGACGCUGACUCUAAACAUACCAUAUUACAAGCAUUGGAGCUCCAGUAUCAGAAAGAAUACCCAAGAUCAUUUUUAUACGGCGAUGGUAACUCAGUACGACGUAUACUGGAUUUCAUGAGAGGCAUCGACAUUACCGAGAGGAUACAGAAGACAUACACGUUCCCUGCACUAACAACUAAGAAAAGUCAACACGUUGACAACGUCAUGGAGGACGGACUGUGUGUGGUUACUGUAGCACUAGAGGGUGCUGUGACCAAAAUGGCUUUGGUGAACAAUAAGGGUGAGAUCAUCCAUAGAUUAGCCGAUAAUUCAAUUAAGUGGGAUCGUUUUGAAUCUUGGAAGAAUAGCCUGAAGAAAGCAAUUGCCAUGGCAACGGAACUAGACGUAAACGUGAUUGGUUUGGGUGUUUGUCUUGACACAUUGAAGAUUGACAAUUACUGCAAUGAAAAUAAGAAAGUUAUAAACGGGUGGAGUAAAUGUGACUUUGAAAAGUUUGUAUAUUCCGAGUUCUCUCUGCCUACUUGUAUCGAGAGCGAGGCUAGCUGUAGAACAUCCGCUGAGAACCACUUCGGAAUUAACAGAAACCGGGAUACGAUUCUAAAUAUACUUAUUAAUAAAGACAUCGAGGCAAGGCUUGUAUGCAGUGAGCAAAAUCACAUCUCUCCGGUGAAUAUAGGUCACAUGACCGUACACAUGAAUGGCCCUCUUUGCGAAUGCGGAAGCCGUGGAUGUGUUAAUUGUUACAGCUCCGAGAGGGCGCUACUCGCCGCUUCAGCAAAGAACUUGCAAGAAGAGAAUACAACUAUAAACGGGGGAGAAAGAAACGAAGCAGACAGUUUACGUGACCUUGUCCUUGCAGCCAAGACUGGGAACAUUGUAGCCCAGGAGAUACUUAAUAGCGGUGCUGAUGCUUUAAUAUGUGCUAUGAAAAACAUAUUAGCAGGCAGACGCAUCUCCAGUAUCAUCUUACACGGUUACCUGGCAACGGCAUACAUCCAGAAAACAAAAGAUGCGAUGAAGAAAACAUUCCACGGGAAAGUAGAUGUUCGAAUGGCAGAAGUGACAGAACCUACACUGAGAGGAGUAGCGGCAAUCGUUAUGAAUUCGAUGAAAAAAAUCAAAAGCACGGAUAGUAAAAGAGAACACAUGUAAUUUUUGUAAGACUGUAUUUCCGGCAUCCCACACUUAUUUCUCUAAAUCAUUUCACCGUCUCUGUGAAUAGCAAUUCAAACUAGUGUUUUGGGUGUCCUUUGCAUCUAAAUGAAAUUACAUGUUUGGAAUACAAUAUGUGUGAAAAUGUGAUAAUCCAUAGUCCACCUGCUAUUUAUUUAAUUGAUUGUAUGUCCUUAUGUGAAUGUUUAUAUUGCGUAUUGUGUGAAAGACGCGGACCGAACAUCGAUUUGAUUUUGAACUCGAAUUUCUUUUUUUCAUAGCACAAAGUCGAAAUGCCGAUCUUUGAAAUGGGAAUAUUGCAUUUACUUCACCA